AGUUACACUAGAUUUCUUGACCAGCAAAGUAUUUAGUGUUUAAUACUUACAUAUGUAUUUAUAUAGAGCAGUGAGCGCACAUUAUUACUGAUACGUGAUUGUAUCGAGAUUUGAAAUAGUUUUGGGAAAGAGGUCGCAGGGAGCCAAAUAUGGUGAAUACGGUGGUUGAGGCAUGAUUAUUUGGUCAAAAAAUUACGAACAAGAAUUGAUGUGGGAGCUGGUGCAUUGUCGUGAUGCAGAAUCCACGAUGGCGUCCCUUUUUCGGUCUUGGCUCAUCUAGCAGUUUCCAUUGGGAUGGAUGGAUGUCCUUAAUUUCGAUGUCAUUUCGUUUGAGCAAACCCGGAUUUUUGUUUACGUCUAAAAGUAUAAAAAUAUAAGCCAAUAGGCUAACAUGCAGCUGUAAUAUCAAUGCAAACUUUUGAGCAUAUUUUACAUUCAAUGCUCAGCUCUGUUUACGCGCCACUACUAAAAUUUAUUCUUCCGAGCCACCUGUGGUGAAACACGCUCAUCGCAUUUUGUUAGGUUUUGACAAUUCACAAGCUUGCCCGUAGUUGGAUCUCUCUCUGCUCACACGAUGACUUCCCACAUCACCAACAAUACUAAAGGCAUUGGAUCAUCGCUGCCUCUACACACUUCGAUACGAAAGCGACCAAGCUUACUACAAUUAAUUCGUCAACCAAUUCGAUCACCUAAAUUCAUUCGACAUCGAUCUUGCGGGAUAUAUAUAUUUGAUUAAACCCAUACGAUCUCCUGCAAUCAGGAUACCUGCAUCGGCUUCCGAAAUAUACAAGCUUAGGAGAAAUAAUGCUUUUUAAAGUUUAUAAUUUCGUUAAUAAAUUUUGUUAUACCUAUAUUUGGUGACACGGUCAUUUUUAGGCUAUUGCAUAGCUUCUAUCGCAGGCUUUGAGUUCGGAGACUGAAUCAAGAAAUUCCGUAACGGAAAUGAAUGGAAUGAAAUUUUUUGACAGAAAAGUUCGAUGUACGCUCACAUAAAAAGUUUUUGACGCGAAGCUAAGCAAAAUGUUGGGAAACUCCCAUAUUUUCACGCUUUGCCAAGCAACCGUCGUCAUUUUUAUAAGAGAGACACACUAAAGGCAAAGUGUUCAUUGUGACAUGCCCUUUGUUUUUUGCGCUUCGUGGUUUCAAUAUGAACUGUCCCGUAAAGAGAAAAAGGUUGUAUGUGAAUGGCCUUUACUUUUAUCCAGAGGUUACAACAAAAUUAACCUAUCCGAUAACAAAUACAUUAAUUACUGAUAACCUAUCGGUAACCAGUUAACUAACCUUUACCUGUCUUGCUGGGUAUGUCAUGAUUUAAAUUAUUAUUCCUGCACAUUUGACUUAUCUGACUCACUUUUCAACAUUAACAACUGUAUAUGAUUUUAUUUAAUAAAAAAUUAUUGUAUUAUUAUAACGUAAUUUUUAUUCUUAUUUGUUGAAAUUUUUGUUUCUGUAACUGGACUGUUUUAUAUUGUAUUUUGGCGUUUAAAAAAAUUAAUAAUAGCUUUAGGUGUUGGUCAAAUAAAACACGCAAAUUCAAAAAGACGAGAACCCAAUCAGUUUCUGGGUCACCUUUGAAAGUCAUAAUUAUUUUUUUAUUCUCACAUCUUAGCAAAUCGGGUGUUUAGGUUUAGACGUGUGUUUUUUAAUGAGGCAAUACUUUUUGAGCUGGUCUUUUUGUCAGCUGUUACUCAGUUCAGUUUCCCAUUUCGGCUCGCGCGUUACAUCGUGCGGUGUGGCCAAUAUUCGGUCGAUAUAAUCGCUCAGCAGAAUCGCCGGCUAUAAUAUUACAGUCAAUUCGGAACGCUACGGAGUCAUGAUUAAUAACUUUUUUCUGCCUGAAUUGAAGGAUGUUGAUGGGGACAACCUUUGGUUCCAACAAGACUGUGGAACAUAUCAUACAGCCAACGAAGCAAUCAAAUUAUUGAAAGAAAAUAUUUGUGAUCGCAUUAUCUUGCAUUGUGGACAUGUGGCGAUCUUAAAGAUCGUGCGAAUUAACAUUGCUGGACUAUUUUUUGUGGGGUUAUGUGAAGUCGCUUGUCUACUCAGAUAAGCCAGAGACAAUUGACGCCUUGAAAUAAUUUUUUAAACAUAAUUGCAAACCCUUGUCUUUAUAACUGAGCUAAAUUUUUGGCCAUAAGAUUAAAUUAUAUAUGUACGUUUUAUUUCUUAUUGAAAACCACAUGUCUAAAAUUUAUUAUAAGGGAGAAUUCGUGUAGUACCCUUUUCAUAAAACCAGCAGGAAGUCAUACUUGUAAAGUAGAGAAGCGCAUAUUUUCCAAUUGUUGAGAUAGCUCUAGUGGCUUAAGAAAGCUUUGUCAAGUUUAGAAAAACUAAGAACACAUACCAUAUACAAUAUUUCAAACCUAGCUGAACCCCUGUGCCAAAUAUUUUCUAGCUGAUUAAAUAGGGAUACGUUCAUCUCGUGAAUUUGCAAGUGUGUAAAAAUACCGAAUACGUUUGUUAUAUGGAACUGUAAUCAUUAACUACGAACUCAUAGUAGCAACAACUAGGUUAAUAUUAAAUGGUAUUGUUCACUCUGUGAAAUGUAUUGUAUUAUUGAACAAAAUUUUGUUAAAAUGAUAGAAAUUACUUAAAUUCAUUACAUACUCAUAUUUCAAUGUGAGACAGUGAAGAAACAUUAGCACACAAUGCUGAAAAUAAAUAAAUAAAAUUUAGUGCAUAUGCGAUGCAGCAUUUUCAUGUGCCAAUCUAAAGAAUUGUUUUUGUUUAUGUUGCAUUUUAAAAACGCAAAAAUCAUUGAUUUAUGGUUUUUACUGCCGAAUGAAAUUUUAAAAUAAAAUAUAAUAAUGAAAAAUUCUCUGCCAAUACUUAUAUAUUUAUUAAUAUUUCUGGUCACAACGCACGGAAAUAAAGACGUACCGUUUUAUCAAAUAGAAGCCCUUAUUGGUGAAACAAUACAUUUACCAUGUAAUAUGACUGCUAAAUCUGGUGAUGAAGCCGUUCUAGUUCUUUGGUAUCGUGAGGAUAAGGGAACUCCUAUUUACAGUGUUGACAUACGAUCUGGAAUAACUAGAACCGCGAGGAGGUGGUCAGAUGAGAGUAUAUUUGGCAACCGAGCUUAUUUUUUAUUCGAGGGCAAUCCUGGGGAACUAAUUAUCCGGAAUAGUCAAAUAUCAGAUACCGGAGUGUACAGAUGUCGCGUUGAUUUCAUGAAAGCACAAACCUACAAUAGUCGAAUUGUGUUAAUAAUAAUUGCGUUGCCUAAAGAAAUCAUCAUAAGGGAUGAAAAUGGAUUUAAACGCUCAACGGUGGCUGGACCAUACAAUGUAGGCGAUUUCGUGAUACUAAAAUGUGAAGCUAUUGGAGGUAAUCCCACUCCCGAAUUAGCUUGGUUUUUUGAAGACCUCAAUAUAGAAUACGUAAUGGCUACUGACAUUCUAAACAAAUCUGUUCAAAGUGUCAUUAAAUUCGGACCUUUGAGUAGAGAACACCUAAAUGGACGGCUUACUUGUCAAGCCCGUAAUCAUCUUAAAGCUGCACUUGUUCAGGCUAUUGUACAAAUCGAUAUGAACUUUCCUCCGUUGAGUAUUCGUUUACUUGGCGCACACCAGCCUCUUUCUGCCGGGCGCCGUUAUGAUCUAUUGUGCCAAAGCGCUGGAGGUAGACCCCCUGCAGUUAUAACAUGGUGGCAAAAUGAUAUACGUUUGGAAAAAACCACCGAAACCAUAUCAAGCGAUGGAAACCAAACUACGAGUACAUUAUCAAUCAUUUUCGAGAAAUCUGAUUCGGGAAAAUACCUUUCCUGUAAAUCGUAUAACCUUGCUAAACCAGUAAUGCCAUUAGAAGACGGAUGGAUUCUUGAUAUACAGUAUAUUCCGGAAGUUCAAAUACGACUUGGAACAUCUUUAAAGCAAAAUACUAUUAGAGAAGGGGCAGAUGUCUAUUUUGACUGUGUCAUAAAUGCACAUCCAUUCGUUUACCGAGUAGAUUGGCGUCAUAACGGUUACAUAUUACCAACUAAUAUAUCACAAGGUGUAAUCAUUAGCAAUCAUUCGUUGGUUCUACAAGGUGUUAAUAAAGCAAGUGGUGGUAAUUUUUCGUGCAUUGGAUACAAUACCGAAGGAGAAGGACAAAGCCCUUUCUUCAACCUGGACAUCUUAUACGCUCCGAUCUGUUUAUCAAAUCAAUUAAAAGUAUAUGGAGUUGCAAAACAUGAAAAUGUGAAUGUUACAUGUAUGGUAGAUGCGAAUCCACCAAUUGUGGAUUUUAACUGGAUUUUCAAUAACUCCAUUGAGAGUAUAGACGUCGCUACGAAUCAUAUUUCGAAAACAGGCUUAAUAUCUACCGUGGAAUAUACGCCACUCACAGAGAUAGAUUAUGGAACUCUACUUUGUACCGCCGCAAACAGUAUAGGACGUCAAAUAUCUCCCUGCAUGUUUCACAUUAUCCCUGCAGGUCGUCCCGAGCAAGUUCACAACUGCAGUGUGGUAAACAUCUCUGUUUUGUCGAUAGCGAUAUCGUGCAUUGAAGGUUUUAAUGGAGGGCUGCCUCAACUAUUUGUAAUGGAAGUUAGAAACAUGUACUCCAAGGAGCUGUAUGUUAAUAAAACAUCAUCUCAUCCUAGGUUCACUCUCACAACUCUUAUUCCCGGAAAUCCAUACAUGUUAUCAAUUUUUGCAUCUAAUUUGAAAGGGCGGUCAGAUGCCACGAUUUUAAAUGUAGACGUGAUUAAAACUGUAGAUACCAGUUUGAAUGCAGGGCAAGUUUUAAAUCACCGCGCCGAAUUUGUUUUCUCACCUUUUCUAUCACUUAGUAUGGUACUAAGCAUUGCAAUCUGCGUAGCAAUUUUGGCAAUAAUAUUUUCUCUACGUACAACAUGUAAAAAUUCAAGGCAAAUAAUAAAAGAAUUUUCGCAUGAACACAAUUUAUGGGAGGUUUCGAGUCGAAGUUCAGCAAGUAAAGAAAUGGACAUAAACGAAAGUGAUGAAAGAAACCCAGAUGUUAUCCCUGAGCUACUCGAUAUCGAUAAACAGGAACAAACAGAAAAAAUGAUGGGACAAGUGGCAACAAUUGGAUCUAAUAUUAAUAAUCAGUUUUCAAAGCAACCUGAAGUUAUAUCGCAUUUAUCACUCACCAUAAGAAGAGAUCUUCCGGUUCGAGCCUAUUUGAGUUCAUCACAAAAUGCGUACUUAAACAAUAUAAAUCAAUCCAGUUUACCAAAACACAUUCAAAAUGAAAUGUUUUCUGGAUAUAAUUCAUUAGUCAUCGGAAUGAAUACCAAACAAUCACAUGUAUCAAUGCAGCAAUUUUUGAGCAGAUCGACGAAGUCAGUGUCACUUGCACCAGAAUCCACAUCAAAAAUCUUUUCUGCAGUCAAUUUAAAUAAUUUGGAGCAAUCAAUUCCAGAUCCCGGUAAACGAUAUGAAUGCAAUUCUUACGAACAAGCAAGCCGAAGAUAUAAACAAAAUAAUUUACGGGCGAAAUAUCAAAUUAAUACCAGCAUUUCAGACGACGAGAUAUCAGCUCAAACUCCCCUAAUGUCUAAGCGAGAGAGUACUGUAUGACUAUAAAUUAUAUGCAGGGUAUAUAAGACAGCCCUGUAAUGAAAGUAUAUAAAUAACAAUUACAUAAUCAAAAUGUUCAAAAAUUUCUUUAGAUCUCAAAUUUUAGCUGUGGUGUUAAGCAAAUAAUAAAUUCUAAAAAAUCGUUAUAUUAGCGCUUUGGAAAAUUUUAUGUAUCAAAAAUAUAUUUAAAGCUUUUUAAUGAAUGGCGCAUUUAAGAGAAA